AUGUGUGACCCAUCAGUCAUAGUCAUGAACCAAUCAAGUCCUGAAGAUAAAAAGCAAAGUCAAACUUCAAGAAUAAAGAUCUCCCGUAGAUCUGUGCUGCCUUAUAUUGAUCCAACAAGACUGAGACUAGCCAAAAUAAUAGUGGAUCGUGCUGUUAAGGCGCACAAGGUUUUCUCAGUCCAGGGCUCCUAUCCCAUCAUCAGAAAAGAACUGAAGGCCAGAGGAUGGGUUGAGCGGUACAUGCCUGGACCCAAAGUCCAUAGACACAAGCGAGAAACUACAACAGCCCCCACCAAUGUUGACGAUAGUGAUAGUGAUGAUAGUGUUGAGUAUGAAAGAGAACAGGACUCACUCUGCAGUCUUAUGUCUCGUAUGCUGCGAAAUGAAAUUAUUUAUUUUUAUUGGACAAAUCGAAAAAAAGCCACUGACCCUAAAGACUUGCUGAAAGAUCAAAUUACCAAUCAUUUCAAGAACACAUGGUAUUUCACAACAAAGGUGGGCUUGUGCAUGAACUUGAGGAACUUGCCUUGGUUUGUCUCAGCAAACCCCGACACUUUCUUCCCUCGCUGUUACAGACUAGGAGUAGAGGAUGAGAAGCACGCUUUCAUUGAGGGCAGACGAACCGCCUGCUUCAAUCUUUUGAUGUACAUUUUGCAGAAAGAGGAAGCCAAUCACAAUGACCAAACAUUGCAAGACAACAGAAAACAAUCUAAACAAUCGCAAACUCAGUUGCUUCCUGAGAUGAUUGACUUUGCCCUGAAAGUAUGCGAAGACUUUCUGAGCAGCCUGGAACACAGUGAUAUAGACGGUUGGGAGACAACAUUGAAGCCUACUAAUGAGCAAUGGACAGAGUUCCUUCAGAAUUAUUAUCUUAUUGUUCAUAAUGGACUAGAGAUCAGGACCUAUGAUCUGGAUAUGAAUAGCUGUUCAAGUAUGCUGCAGAAGCUCAGAGCUGCUUGUCCACAGAUAGACAUCGAUGGCACAGAAAAUAUGUGGAUUAUCAAACCUGGGGCCAUGUCCAGAGGUAGAGGUAUUUUAUGUGCCAAACGUUUGGAACAUAUCCUUAGGGUAGUCCACUGUGACCCAACAAUCAUCAGGGACAACAAGUGGGUAGCACAGAAAUAUAUCGAGAAGCCCUUUUUGGGGCUUGGAACUAAAUUUGAUGUGCGACAGUGGUUCUUGGUCACAGACUGGAACCCUCUCACUGUGUGGUUCUACACAAGAUGCUACUUGCGGUUUUCCACACAGCCUUUUUCGCUUCAUUCAAUGGACAGCUCAAUCCACCUCUGCAAUAACUCUAUCCAGAGACAUUUUAAACCCUCUGAGCAUCGUCAUCCAGAUAUCCCCAAACACAACAUGUGGUUUGAUGAUGAGUUCAGGGCCUUCCUCAUGUGCCAGGACAGAGAAUACCAGUGGGAAACUGUGGUAGUUCCAGAGAUGAAGAAUGCUGUUAUUUAUGCAUUACUGACAGCACAGGAUGACAUGGAGCCAUGCAAAAACACAUUUGAGCUUUAUGGGGCUGACUUUAUUCUUGAUCAUGAUCUGCAUCCAUGGUUAAUAGAAAUCAACACCAGUCCCUCCAUGGCAUCAUCCACUCCAGUUACUGCUCAUCUUUGUAGGGCAGUGCAGGAAGACACAAUACGGGUAGUGUUGGACCAAAGAGCAGAUCCCACUGCAGAUACAGGAGACUUUGAGAUGAUUUACUGCCAGGCAGCUAUAAAAAUUCCUUAAUAUCUGGGAGUCAACCUACUUGUAGAGGGUACCAAGAUCAAAGGUCCAUGCCUUCUUCCGCCUUAUUUCACCAGAAAAGACAAAGAACUUAGUGCUACAGAUAAAGUGGAAAAAUAA